AUGUACAGGCUCCCAGCACCUGUUUGGAUCUGUACUGCAGCUGCUGUGUCGACACAUCAUGGAACAGGAACCGCUGGACAACUUGAAGACGUUGUGGAAGUUCAUCAGGACAAUCCAGUAAUCGCACAAGAUGACACGCCAGUGGCUUUUGCAUGGUACGGUGCGGUCCUGAGUUCUCUCAAAACUUCGUGCGCAACAUUGCACGCCAUCGUGACGGUAUUCGACUGCAAACGUUUGGACAUGGGCAGCUUGAAAUCACCAGCUCCGAGGAAGAGGAGGUCGCUGCCGAUUUGCGUGUGA